AUGGCUAUUUUGAAAACAGAAUUAGGUGAGGUCGAGGUUCGAAUCAAGAGAUACCCGGACGACACAUAUUAUGAUGAAUACAUCAAAGUUGAAGGCAAGGAAAAAAGCACUGAUAUUGAGCGAGAGAGGUAUAUUGUUGCAGAGCCUGACACCACUUUCUACAUUGAAGUCACCUUGAAGGAGGGGUUCAAAAUCGGCAAAUACAGCUCCAUUGGUGCCUUUGUACACUUGCCCGACAGGGAUGAUUCUAUCUCCUCAAUUGCCCUUCUAUCGAGGCACGUUGUAGAAUCAAACAGAAACGUAAAAAUAGAUCACAUUCAAAAGAUGCAGUAUGCUGAUGUAGAAAUUGACGGUCAGAAAAUGCUUGGUGCAAGAUUUGCGUUCAGGAAAAUAGAAAUCGAUCUCAUGGGUAUCAAGCCGGAUCAUCUUAUGUCAUUCGCUGUGAAGCUAUAUUUCAUCGAAAGUUUUACCACUAGACUCUCUGACAAUGAGUACAAGAAGGCGCUAUCAGACUGGGAGAAAGCAUGUUCAGAGAUUCGGUUCCCAAGCUUGAAUCAGAUGAAGCUCAAUGCUAAGCUUGGGUCCAAGACCAAAAAGAAUCAGCUAGACACCAAGAAUAUCUGGGACGUAAAGAAGAUUGACCAAGAUAGCUACCAGAAGCAUGGAAUUAGCUCUGCUAUUGGUUUUGUUGGUGGCAAACCAAAGGCUCCUCGGAAGGAAACGACUGUAAAUUCUAUUUACAAGUCGGACCCCAUUACUCUCCCAAAAAGCCGGACCGUACGACCACCACUUAUUACUCUACUGAAGCCUCUGGAACAUUUACUUUUCAUGGUAGAACCGCAGGUCAACCCCUCUAGCAGCCAUAACACUGAAUUCUUGGAGCAAGUGGGCAUCGUCAAAUAUCCUCCACCGCUUCACCAUUACUCCUGGGGCGUCUUAAAUGACAAUGAAAGAAAGACCGCUUUGAGUGAGUUGCAAGAAUUGAGCAAGAAACAAUGGCAUGAAGAUCGAGAAAAAGAAUCUGGUAUGGUGCUUCCCCUGGUUCGUAGCAGAGUUAAGGCAGAGGAACAUCCAUGGGAAUGGCGCCAUUGGGACAAAAUGUACGCUGCUGAGAAACAAAAGGCGUUUGAGAGUCUUCAGAAGAAAAAGAAAGACCGUGAGCGAGGUAUCGUCCAGCGUGAGUAUAAAAACAUUAUGGGCAAAAUCAUUUCUUUAGACGGAGAAGACGAUGAGCUUUCCACAAAUCCUCUCGAAAGGAGUAGAUACAACACACAAAAAGAGAGAGCUAAGUCUGGUAAAGAAGGCGUACGCAUCAAGUGCGAAGAGAUACAACGUGCUAUGGCGAACUCCUCAGAUGGGCAACGGCUCACAACUGUAGAUAUCAUCAAGCAGAAAACGCCCAUUGUUGAUGACGACGAUGAUUCAAUCAUCAUCGUCUCUGAGACCAAGAAUCCAAUUUUAAGCCUAGCUGCGAAGGAAAAGGAGAUUGCACUUGCGGACGAGGAGUUGAGAAAGGAAGAGGCAGCACUUGAGAAACCGAAGGAAGAUAUUCCGCAAGAAGAGAGAGUUAUCAAAAUGAAGCGGGAGCGUGAUGCUUUGCAGGAGAGAAUUGAUGCAGCGAGAUCUAAGAAGCGAAUCAAGACGGAAUGAUUCAAACGUCUACCUCUUAAUGAUCACACGUUGUGGGAUCUCAUCUGGUCGGCGAUGAACAGUUUUUAUAGGUUGAAUACAAUUUCGUAGGGGAAGGUUCCAAUAUACUUACCAGUUUUUCUUUCAUUGAUAGCAUACUUAAAACUCUCUAUACCUUAUUAGUACUUGAUCAGUGGCAAUGCAGAGGCUCAAUCUUUACUAUUUCACCAGCGAGUGAAGUGCAUAAUAUGAAUUAGCAUAUGAUAUUCUUAUAC